ACAAAAUCAAAAUACCCAUCUGUCUCGUCUAUCUUCAUCGUUAGAUAGAUGGCUUGCCGUAACACCAUCUUUGACGGCGAAGUUGACCUGGCUGCAACGUGCUAGUUUACCCCAGACCAAAGCGACCUCCUUCCUGAAGGCCAGGACCCAUAGCUGGCUAGAUGACGAAGCGAGCAGCAGAACUCGCUUUAGUUCGCGAGAGAUAUGGGGAGACUGAGGCAUCAUGUAAACGGAUUGCCCCUCCAUCCACUCCAACAAAGCUCGCUCCGCCUCUUUACAUUGCCUCAGUUAAGGAACUUGCAAAUACAAGCAGUACCAGAGCCAGUGCUUGCGCGACUGGCUUUGACAGCGCGAUAAUUCGGCGGAUCAGGAAGUGUCUGGAACGUGCCAACCACACCGGCACGGUGGAGGCGGAGGCCAAGGCAGCGCUCUAUCUAGCGUCACGUUUGAUGGGCCAGUAUAAUGUAUUGCAGGCCGACGUCCUCUCCCAUGAGCCACCUGCUACUCAGAGACAAUACGCUGGGCAAAGCGUGGUGUCAAUUAAGCGCACCGACGGCGAUAGGUCCAAAGCAAUGAAGCAUCAGAGCUAUGUAGACGGUCUCUGCCAUGCCAUGGAGCGCUUCUUUGACUGCAAAUCCUACUCAACUACCAACCUCUUCGCCUUAGAAUUGACUUUCUACGGCAUUACAGAAAAUACUGCCGCCGCCGCCAUGGCCUUCAAGAUGGUUUACAACUUGAUUAGUGAAUGGGCUCGGCCUUACAAGGGGGUCGGGUGCAAAAACAGCUAUUGCCUAGGGGUCUCCGACGAGCUGAGCAGGAUGGCGAACAGAGAGAAAGCAACGGAAGAGGCCGAGGCAAAGAGGGCUGAGAGAGAGGGCAUCGCGACUAAGAAGAAGGCAGUUGACAGACAGUUGCAGAUAGGCCCUCCAGCUCCCCACCUUGAGGCUUCCAACAAAUCUGCGACUCCCGAACCAGCCGAUGCUACAAGCAGUAUCGACAAUGAGUCUCCUCCCCCCCCAUAUGAUGCUUCUAGCAUAACAUGGUCGGACUGGGUGGCAGAUGGCCUCGGCGAUGGCGCUGACCCCGAAUUCACUGAGAAUGCUUCCGAGAGUGCUGAAGACUCUGUCGAACCGGAUGUCAAGGUGGAAGAUGAAUAUAGCGGUAGUAUUAUCGAAAAUCUGGACGAAGACAUGAGAAAGUUCAUCAAGCUUGAGAACCUCUCCUCUGAGGCCUCUCUUCGAAUGCAUUCGCAAUUACCGCCUCAUACAACAAGUCUCGAGCUCACUCUUCCUCCGGGAUGUGACCUUGCCAUCAAGAUGGAGCCAAUGUCCGGCACACUAUCAGGCCCAGACAAGGUCCGGGGUUCGGAAUGGGUAUCGCACAUGCAGCUCGUUAUCUUUCGUGCGGCAGCGGCCAAGAUUGCAGAUGACUAUGUUGAAGAGAAAGGCAUCAAGAUCCAUCACCAGUCAGCCAGACGCACCGUGAUACACAAUCGGGCAGCCUAUAGCCAAGGGGUCAAGGAUAGCAAGAAGAUCGAUGUACACAGGAGGAGGAUAGAGGAAUGAGACACCGCGCUGGAGGUUCUGACCAUGCGUCCCUUACAGUUAUCCCUUCGACCAUGCAGUUAUUUUUCAGUUAUUUUUUAUAGUGUUGAAUCUUGUAAGCCUAUGUAGAGCUAUUUAUGAGUGAUACGGGUAGAAGUAGAAGUCAAGUUAUAUGUGCUUGAGGUUUUAUUAUGCUAGAAUAAUGAAAGCCAAUGCUUCGUUAUGAGCGGAG